UGAUUGCAAGGGCUGGCUGGGUUGGGGGCUUUGCUUGGGAGGUGAAGCAUGGCUUGUUGCUCCUCACAUUCACACUUUCUCUCCCACCAGGGUGGUGAGGCCAAGGAUUGUGCUGUCCCAGUGCCUGCCCCAGCAGAGCAGUGGGAUUUGGUUAAGUGCAAACCAGAAAGAGGAGCCAAGUGUGUUAGCUGCUUCGUCAAGGGAAUUGCUCUGCCUCGCAGCCAGCUGAAUAGGUGGAAAUGCUGGCGCUGACGCACGAUCCUCGAGUCACACGUCUGCUUCAGCCCCGUGCAGAGAAGCGAGCAGCUAUCCUUGGCCUCGUGAUCCUGUGUGUUGGGAUUUACGCCGAAGUGGAGAGGCAAAAGCACAAAACCUUGGAAGGGAUCUUCCUGGCUCCGGCCAUCAUCCUCCUCCUGCUGGGCUUCACCAUGUUUGGUGUCUCCUUCGUCGGCAUGGUGGGGAGCCUCAGGGACAACCGGACGCUGCUGAAGAUGUUCUUCUGGGUCCUUCUGGUGAUCUUCCUCACGGAGCUGCUGCUGAUAUUCAUCGAAAUCAUCUUUGAAAACAAGAUGAAUGCAGUUUUCCACUCCAACAUCCAAGAGGGCAUCAGACACUAUUAUGAUGACCUUGACUUCAAGAACAUCUUGGAUUUUGUACAAGAAAAGUUUUCUUGCUGCGGUGGUGAUGAGUACCGGGACUGGGAGGUUAACCAGUACCACUCCUGCAACGGCAGUGGGCCGCUGGCAUGUGGGGUGCCCUACACGUGCUGUAUCAGGAAGGUCCCUGGAGAAGUCAUUAACACCCUGUGUGGAUACAGGACGCUCGAUAAAGAGCGCCUGGAGCUGCUCAACGUUAUCCACGUGCGAGGCUGCAUCCAUGCCGUCGGGCUCUGGCUCAAAGACAACUUCGAGGCCACUUUGGGCAUUGUUUGCUCCCUGCUGCUUCCACAGGUGAUCGGCCUCGUGAUGGCUUGGCUGUAUUGGCAAAAGCUCAACGAGAUCUACUCCAAACUGGACACCGUUGACUUCAAGAUCCUGGAGAUGCGGGAUUUCAGCUUCGGGGCGGUGGAUCUGAGCGGCGCGGGCUGGUGCUGGUGUUUACCCAAGGAAGGAGGCUACAUUCCUGUCAAUGCUGAGGAUGAGGAAGACGAGAAGGAAGAGGAAGGCACCAUCUGCCACAGCAAAGUGUGAGAAGGUGGAGGACUGAAAGGCAGCUUGGAGCAAAGCUCUGAGGGAGGCGCCGGGUGUUGAAUGUGGAAAUAAUGUGAUUUAUCUUCUCAGGUUCAGGAGAUACUUUGGGAGAAACUGUAAAGUAACGCUGGAGGGUUAUAAAAACUGCAAUGCACCGUGCGGGCACGUGAGCUCCCCCGGGUCCUUUCGCUACCUUGCCAUUUUGAAGCAUUUGUACAUCUCCUUAUUUGGUUUUUAGGGGUUUUUUUACACAAUAAAUGUGACUACUGUCGUGUUUUGCAAA